UUCCUUGAUUGAGAAACGUUUUGCAUUUUAACAAAAGACAACUUGAACACCCAAAGUAGCCCAGAAGUUCCGUCUGUAUUAUUGAUAUCUGCUGCAGCAACAACAACCGAGGAGCCUCUAAAUAGAUUGUGUUCCAGAGAGUGGUGAAAGGGUUGUGUUUGUGUUUGAGGGAAAUCUGAAAGCAUGGAUCCUGGAGAAAACUGGAUUCCUGAGGAUGUUCCUCAAAGGCUGGAACAAAACAGAGUUCACCAGCUUUCUCUAGACAUGCAGCAAAGUAACAUCAUCCAUUUCCUUGGUGCAUAUCCUUGCUACCACUUGCCCACCCACUCAUCAGCAGACAUGCGUGUAUCUGAGGACAGCACGUCAGGAACCAUGCUUCAGAGGCUUAUGCAAGAACAUCUGCGAUACGAAACAAGUGGAACCAGAGGAGGCGUAGGAAACGACAGCUCUCAGAUGCAAAGCAAUCCCACAUCUACAGAUAACCUACUUCUACAAGAGGCGAGACCCCUACAGAGUCAGUCACGACAGGAACCUCAAGGUCAGGAGCAUCAAGUGGACAGCAGCUCCAUGGAGAAUACUGGUGGAGUGGGCCAGGUUGCAAGUAGAAUAGUCCAGACAACCCUAACUUUGCCUAGGUUUGAUACCUUAGAGCUUCCAUCUUAUGAGGAAGCUAAAAUCCAGUCACACCUUUACAGAGAACAGCAGAGUCCAAUGAACACUCCAUCUCAAAACCCAGGCUACACCCACCAGAGUCUUCCAAAAAAUCUGCAACAAAUUCAGAACCAGGUCCUUCACAUGGAGGGCCAUCUAAACCUUGUCCACCAAAGUCAGCAGCAACACAACCAGGUCCAACAGACGCAACGAUUUUCAAUAGUGUCUGACAGCCCCACAGGCUCAUUCUCCUAUCCUCUGUCACUUUCCAAUGUACACUCUCUCUCCUCCCCUCCUUCUCUUUCAUCAUCUUCCACCUCUCUAUCCAUGGUACCUGUGAAGGCCCGUGUGGAGGGUCAAGCGUGGGUUCAGCAAGGGAGCACUGGUGUGAUGACUCUUCGGGAUGAAGGCCUGGCAGAACUGAAACAGGGUCAUGUUCGUUCGUUAAGUGAAAGACUCAUGCAACUUAGUCUAGAAUGCAAUGGCGCUAAGCAAAUUGGGGGACCCCCCAGUUCUCCCUGCACAGGAGACACUGCUCCUUGUGGGGCUGAGAGUCCAGCAAAUUCCACCUCACCAACUAGCAAGACCUCUACAACUAUACUUCCACCUCUACCACCACCCCUACCCUCACCACAAUGGUCUUUGGAACAAAGAGGUCCUCCCCCAGAAUAUCCCUUUAAGUUCAAGUUACAACCGAUGCUUCCGGCCACAUUAAACUCCAACCCUGGGUCUCUGGAAUAUGUCCCCCUCUACAGUGACACCUUGACAGCAGCCAUGAUAGAAACAGUGCCACAUUCAAAUGUAGCAAGGCAGUCCCCAAUAUCUCUAAGUUCUUCAUCACUGCACCAACAGCAGAACUGUCCCAUGUUCUCUGAGAGCUGUAUCCUACCCUCUCAGGCUUCUCAACAGCCGUAUCAGGCGAUGUCUUUAUCUGAAUCUCUGAGAUUUCCUGCAACUCAGACUGGAUCUGUGAUGUCUCCUCGUGAGGCCCCUUUAGGGCAGCCUUUCCCAGGGGAAGCAUUUGCCAUGGUGAGCCAUGCGCAGCAGAUGAUGGAGAUCUUAAAGGAUGAGAACCAAAGCCUUAGACAAGAGCUUCACCAGCUGAAUGAAAAAGCUUGCAAACUGCUACGGUUAGAGGUGGAGGUUGAACACCUGUCUGAUGCGUAUGAGAGUUUAGUGAAGAGCUCAUCCAAACGGGAGAGUCUGGAAAAAACCAUGAAGAAUAAACUAGAGGGAGAGAUCAGACGCCUUCAUGACUUCAACAGAGACUUGAGAGAUCGCUUGGAAACAGCCAAUCGGCAACUAGCCAAUCAGGAGUUGAAUGGACAAGAGGAUGGACACUUGUAUCUUUCACAGAGAAGAGAAAGCCUGAAAGAUCUGGAGAAAUUAGAAAUGGAGGCAGCCAGUCUCCGAUCGGCCAAUGAGGAUCAGCGGCGACACAUUGAAAUCUUAGAACAGGCUUUGAAUAAUGCUAGGAGUAAAGCCUUCAGAUUAGAGGAAGAGUUGAGUAAAAAGCAGAUGUAUGUGGAGCGGGUUGAGCGGUUGCAGCAGGCACUAGCACAUCUUCAAGUUGCAUGUGAGAAACGAGAGCAGCUGGAGAGACGUCUGCGGAACCACCUGGAGAGAGAACUGGAGGCACAACGAACUCAACAGCGUGCUCGUGUAGGUGUGCCCCUCGCUGUGUGUGAGUCGAGUGCCCCUGCAAUGCUGGACCUACUGAGGGAGAGAGAGGAGAGGAUUCUGGGAUUGGAGGCCGAUAUGACACGCUGGGAGCAAAAGUAUUUAGAGGAGACUGCAAUGAGACACUUUGCCAUGGAGGCCGCAGCUACAGCCGCAGCACAAAGAGACACAACUAUAAUCCAGCAUUCUCGCAGUGGCAGUUUCAGUGACGGGUUACUUUGGCAGCAUGAGGAUGAGAAGAGAAUCCAUAGCAGUCGCCGCUGCCAGGAAAUGGAGCAAAGGAUGAAGGACUUGCAUGCUCAGCUGCUGGAGAAAGAUGCCAUGAUUAAAGUCCUACAACAUCGUUCCCGUCGAGAACCCGCCCUUCUGCGCCCUGCCCGCUCUGUGCCAUCCAUAUCCAUAACGACUGGACUGCACGUGCGGCAGACCUCGCAGACUGAUCAAAGAGAUCAGCACAGCUGGAAAGGCAGUACGAGUGUACUCUCGGGAAAAGACACAGUUGAGCACAUCCUUCCCUCUCUGCCCUCUCUUUCACUCUCUGUCUCUUCACCACUCUCUCCUUCAUUCUCCUCUCUGCCCUCCUCUUUUCCUCCCUUCCUGGCCUCUGCAGGUUCAAGCACAUCUUUAAUAACCUCAUCCUCCUGUCUUCUCCGCUCCACCCCUCCCUCGUCCUCCUCCAUGUUACCCUUGCCCUCCUCAGCCUCUCUCCUUCCUCCUGUAUCUUUCUCUCUGCCCUCCAUUCCUCUCCUGUCCCUUCAUUCCAAAUCUGCCAGCAGAGACAGCAGCAGUCAAACAGAGACGUAUAGAGCCGCAUCCACCACAAGACAUUGGAAGACAGAAUCUCCAUCCACCAAGCGCAAAGCCCUAGAUGGUCGAGCACAUCUGAGUGGAGGACAGAAGUUGCCUCUGCCUGAUCCAGACCAGAUGGAGAUCCUCAUCUGAUAGAACAGUGCUGGAAUAUCUGUAGCAUUCCUACAGAGAGCACAGCAUUCCAGCGGGAAAGAAAAAGUUAGACAGAGAGAGAAGACAAAAAUGGAACAAAGGCCCUGUUUACACCUGGUAUUGUUUAUUGUACCUGGUGCAUUACACAAGUACACAAGUGGACAGGCGAGACAUUUCAAACAGAUCACCCUAAACUUGAAACCAGGUGUUAAGGGGGCAAAAGAGAGAGCAGGAGAGAGUGAGAAGAGGAGGUAUUGUUCCUCCACCUCCAUAUUAAGGAAUUAUCUCUUAUAACUCGUCCCUCCUUUUCUUUAAAAAAAAGCAAAAAUGGAGGUUACAGUGAGGCACUUUCAAUGGAAGUGAAUGGGGACCAUUUUUGGAGAGUUUAAUGGCAGAAAUGUGCUUAAUGCACAUGAAUACUUGUUAAAACUUUGAGCUGUAAAAUUGAAGUUGUGAAAUUGGCUAUAACUUUACAUGCGGUUAGUAAGUGAUUUUAUCACACUAAAAUCAUGUUAACACACAUAUUGUUUAUGUCUUGUGGCUAUAAUUGUGAAACCCCCAUUCACUUGCAUUGUAAGUGCCUCACUGGAACCUCAAUAUUUGCUUUUUUUUUGUCAGAAAAGGAGGGACGAGUCGAUAUAAAUUUUUAUGGAAAUCUGCAUUAUGCCACAAAUGCUGUCGAUUGAGCUUAACUUGUAUUGAACCCAGAAUAUUCCUUUUUUUUUUUUUUUUUUAAACACUGAAUUUGAAGAUUGAUCGUGAUUGUACUUGCCAAUUUUGGGUGAUUAUCAUGAAAUCUGUCAAGAAAAUUCCUUUAACCCCAAAUCAAUUGGUUACAAAAAAAUAUAUAACAUUGUGGUAAUGAGAUUGGGGGUAAAAUGUGCAUAACUGUCAUGUGUGUGUUUGUGUGUUUUUUUUAGUUGUUUUUUUACCUUGGGUUCAGUAAAAACCCUCUUAUCAAGUCGACUAGGACUUUUCACACUAUGCUAAACCCUGGGUUAUGGCCACUUUAACCCUGGAUAAAGUAAUGUUUCACUCUUGUCAUUUUAAAAGAGGGUUAUCAAAUGUUCCAGGUGCUAACCCUGAAUUGUGAUGCCAAAAGUAUUUUGUUUAUAUACGUAUUUAAAGUAUGAACAUGGAACAAAAUAACCCAGGAUUACGGUUACUAGUGUGAAAAGCCCAUAUGUGGUUCUUUAAAACCUGAUAAAGUUUAUGCAAACUUGAUAUUACAUGUAAAGGUUGUUCAGAUUGUUUUUUCCCAGUACAUUUUCUAAAGAAACCAUUGAAUAAAAUAUUCUUUAAAGGUUCACAUAUGACAACAGGCUAAAAAAGCCAUCGCUCUAAUCAGAAUUCUAUUUUAAAGAAUGUUAUAAAUGUCUUAAGCUGCCUUCUGUCUUAGUUUUUCAACUGUCUCUUGUUUAAGCGCAUUCCAUGGAGCUGAUUAUUAGGAUAAAAGUUUAUAACAUGUUUAUAAUAUUUAGAGCAAUAUUUUGUGAGGAUGGAUGUAUCUACCAAAAAAAUACUGCUUAUUGUUAUACUGUAUGUACAGAAAUUAUAGCUUCAUUCUCAGACUAAACGAGUGAAAGUUGUGUCUAGUGAUUGAACUUGCUGCAAAUAAGAGUGAUUAAAUAAUUUUA